AUGAUGUUUGAUGAUAUCCCCGAGAAAGCCGUUGAGAUCAUUCAUGAAGGGAAAAAGAUGAAGCCGGGUGCUACUUUGGUGCGAAUUUCCAGCGACAUUAGCCGACCGAGUGCAAAGGAAGUUUCGAACAACUUCGUUUGGCUCCGGGCGAUUUGCACGGAGUUUCCACGCAAGGUGCCGUCCGCGUACUUGCUGACGGAUUGCAUGCUCCAUUUAGACCGGAUUUUGCGUGGCAAGCUCAUCGUGCCUGCAGCUGCCGAGUCGAAAGUCGUUGCUGCAGCCAGAGAGGCUAAACGCCUAAAAAAACUGAUGGGGACCUUGCGCACGCUUUACAGGAACAGAAUCUUGUCUGCCAUUUGGAGUGUCGGUAGUUCAUUAUAUAUGACCUUCUGCAUGCACAUACACAAAGGCAAGUCGUCAGCCGACGACAAGUUGCACUUGCUCAAGGGCCUCCUCAAGCCUGCUGCAGACACGGACCGGGGCCUAUAG